CCCGCUUUUAUAGAGGCGCCCCGGGGGCGCAGGGACCUUGCUUCGUCGCUGCCACCGCCACAGCGUCCACCUCCUGCCCCGCCACCGCAGCUCCCAGCAUCAGAGACACUGCCGCCGCGUCCACACAGUGCCACUGCCAUGCGCGAGAUCGUGCACCUGCAGGCGGGCCAGUGCGGCAACCAGAUCGGGGCCAAGUUCUGGGAGGUGAUCAGUGAUGAACAUGGCAUAGACCCCACAGGAACAUACCAUGGGGACAGUGACCUUCAGCUGGAGAGAAUCAACGUGUACUACAAUGAGGCCACAGGAGGAAAUUAUGUACCCAGAGCUGUGCUGGUGGACCUGGAGCCAGGCACCAUGGACUCAGUUCGCUCUGGCCCCUUUGGCCAAAUCUUUCGGCCUGACAACUUCGUGUUUGGCCAGUCGGGAGCUGGCAACAACUGGGCCAAAGGCCACUACACAGAGGGCGCGGAGCUGGUGGACGCUGUCCUGGACGUGGUGCGGAAGGAGGCUGAGAGCUGUGACUGCCUGCAGGGCUUCCAGCUGACCCACUCCCUGGGGGGAGGAACAGGGUCGGGCAUGGGCACACUGCUCAUCAGCAAGAUCCGAGAGGAGUUCCCGGACAGGAUCAUGAACACCUUCAGCGUGGUGCCCUCGCCCAAGGUGUCCGACACCGUGGUGGAGCCCUACAACGCCACGCUGUCCGUGCACCAGCUGGUGGAGAACACCGACGAGACCUACUGCAUCGACAACGAGGCCCUGUACGACAUCUGCUUCCGCACCCUCAAGCUGACCACGCCCACCUACGGCGACCUCAACCACCUGGUGUCGGCCACCAUGAGCGGGGUCACCACCUGCCUGCGCUUCCCGGGCCAGCUCAACGCUGACCUGCGCAAGCUGGCCGUGAACAUGGUGCCCUUCCCGCGCCUGCACUUCUUCAUGCCCGGCUUCGCCCCGCUCACCAGCCGGGGCAGCCAGCAGUACCGCGCCCUGACGGUGCCCGAGCUCACCCAGCAGAUGUUCGACGCCAAGAACAUGAUGGCCGCCUGCGACCCCCGCCACGGCCGCUACCUGACUGUGGCGGCCGUGUUCCGGGGCCGCAUGUCCAUGAAGGAGGUGGACGAGCAGAUGCUGAGCGUGCAGAGCAAGAACAGCAGCUACUUCGUGGAGUGGAUCCCCAACAACGUGAAGACGGCCGUGUGCGACAUCCCGCCGCGCGGCCUCAAGAUGGCCGCCACCUUCAUCGGCAACAGCACGGCCAUCCAGGAGCUGUUCAAGCGCAUCUCGGAGCAGUUCACGGCCAUGUUCCGGCGCAAGGCCUUCCUGCACUGGUACACGGGCGAGGGCAUGGACGAGAUGGAGUUCACCGAGGCCGAGAGCAACAUGAACGACCUGGUGUCCGAGUACCAGCAGUACCAGGACGCCACGGCAGAGGAAGGAGAGUUCGAGGAAGAGGCCGAGGAGGAGGUGGCCUAGGGUCACCUCAUUCACUUUAUGUCUGCCCCCAGCCCCCAGGCUGCUUACUUUGACCCUUAGAGCCCUCCUUGGGUCCCCAGGAACCCCGCAUCACCUCCAAGACUGACUGACCUCUGGCCCUUUGACCCUACUACCUUCACUUCACACCUGACCUGUCAUCCUUUGACCCCUGAGCCCCACUUUGUCUCCUACCCCCUUGAGCUCUCCCAACUUCAACUCCGGCCAAGAGCCCUGCUUCACCUUUGACCCCACAAUCCUCACCUUUAACUCCAUGAGCCCUCCUUCACCUCGCCUUUGACUUUACCCACGAACCCAACGCACCCCCAGGCCAAUAAGCCCCAGUUUACUUUUGACCCCCUACCUUAGAGCCUCCCUUCACCUCUGACUUUCCCUCACCUUUGCUCCCACAAGCCCACUUGCCCUCUGACCCCGCCUUCUCUCUGGCUCCUGUAACUCUGUUUGGUCUCUGAGCUCACUCCCCUCAGCUCCAACUGACCUUGGCUUUCCAUGGGGUGGUAAAGGAGUGCCACAGGGGGAGAAGGAAGCCCUGGAGCAUGUGGACAAGAGAGGCUGGGCCCCCAACCCUCCCCACACUUCUCCCCGCUGCCUGACCCACAAUAAAUAAAUAGUUGUCCUGCCA